CCCUUCAAGACCCUUAAGGUAAACUUAAACCCUCUCCUUCUUUCCUUAUGUAUGUAGGUAUUUCAACCUCAAAUAUACAUGGCAAGUGCUCUGUCAAUCGAUGUGGAUCUUACAUACAUGUAGGUAUACUUCCGUACUAGGUACAUAUCGAGGUGUUACUAACUACUAUGUAUGUACAUACACAUGCAUAUCAAGCCUCCUUUGUAUGAACUACAUAAUAAAUAUGUAGUUGCCUAACUUAGUAUAAUGCGGGGGGUAAAUUAUAAAUUACCCCAGGAUCAAGGCUGACAAAUUGGCAACGCCAUGAAGAAGGGGUGACCCUUUCCACCUACCCGAACUGAACACAAUAUUGAACGUGACUUUGAUUUUUUAAAAGAAAAGAAGAAAAAAAGAAGAAAAAAAAGAAAAAACAAGAUAACUGUAAUAAGGUGCCUAGGAAACAAUCUAGCUAGCUCAACAUGCCUCAGGCUCUAUUCGUCAAGAAAGUAGACGGCAAGCCCGGCGAGGUCUACUAUCCUCUCCAACUCAACUCAGUCCCCAAACCCAAGCCCGGCCCCGAUGAGCUGCUCAUCCAGCUACACGCCGCGGCCCUGAACCACCGGGACUUCUUCAUCCGGCAGCACCUGUACCCCGGGAUAUCCUUCACGCACCCUCUCCUCGCCGACGGCAGCGGCACCGUCGUCGAGAUCGGCAAUCCCACCACUAACUCCCCAUCAUCAUCAUCAUCAUCAUCCUACCUCGGCAAGCGCGUGAUCCUCUACCCCGCUUCCGGCUGGUCUUCCUCCCCCUCCGCGCCCGAGGACCCCUCCAAAUUCACCACCCUCGGCGCCGCCGCGCUCUCCCCCAUCGGCACCGCACAAGACUACGUCGCCGUCCCCGCCUCCCAGAUCGAGCUCGCGCCCCCUCACCUCUCCCCCGCCGAGGCCGCCGCCCUCCCUCUAGUCGGACUAACAGCGUGGCGCGCGCUCGUGACGAAAGCGCUGGACGGCGACGUCUCGCGCGCCGUGGCGGGCCGCAACAUCCUCGUCACCGGGAUCGGCGGCGGCGUCGCCUUGUGCGCGCUGCAGUUCGGCGUCGCGCUGGGGUGCAACGUGUUCGUGACGUCCAGCUCCGCUUCCAAGCUCUCGCGCGCCGUGACCUCGCUGGGCGCCAAGGGCGGCGUCUCGUACCGUGACAGCGACUGGGACAAGCAGUUGGCGGCGCAGCUGCCGCGAGACCGGCCGUACCUGGACGCCGUGAUCGACGGGGCCGGGGGCGACAUCAUCGCGAAGACGGUGCGGCUGGUGCGGCACGGGGGCGUCGUGGUUGUGUACGGGAUGACGGUGUCGCCGCGGAUGGACUGGCUGAUGUCGGCCGUGAUGCGCAACAUCGAGCUGCGCGGCACGACCAUGGGGUCGCGCGACGAGUUCCGGGACAUGGUUGCGUUCGUGCGCGAGCACCGCAUCCGCCCCGUCGUGAGCCGUGUCGUGAAAGGGCUGGACAACAUUGAGGGCAUUGAUGGGUUGUUUGAGGAUAUGCGGGAUGGGAAGCAGUUCGGGAAGCUGGUGAUAGAGAUCUCGUCGCCGCCGGAUGAGGAGGGAGGUGCUAAACUAUGAGAUAGAUAGAUACCUAGGUACCUACCUCCCAACCAAAGCUUCAUCUUAAUACACAGAUACUUGGGUAGAUAGAUACCUACAUAAGAUAAGUAAGUAGGUAGCUAGUAAUAUCUGCCUACCUACGUAAUACCCUACUUUAGAUAGGUAGUAUUUGAAUAAAUCUAAUAAAUACGAAUCGUUCAAAAAUCGGUAUUAUGAAUCUGGUGUGAAUUAUGCCACCCCCUUUUCAGUCUUGGCCUGGAUUGAUUUGAUAUCACUAAAAAACAUGGGGCUAUCUUUUCGUUAGGGCGGCUCAUAAUAGUAAUACAUUGGUUGGCAUUGCCUCACAUCACAUUUGAUGAUCCUCCUAACACAG